CAGCGACACUAGCGCGCCCACCCCCAGGAUGUUCUGGCAUGAACGGGGGAAGGACAGUGGACACUGCUUUUGCGGCUCUUCAAGAUCAGCAACCUCAGAUCGAAAGCCAGUCCAUCCACAUUUCAUAACUAAAUACUCCUACUUCCGAGCCGAAUACACAUCGCAGAAGCGCUGAAAGUCGAAGGAUAAAGACAAGAUGGCGCACAGCAAAAGAAACACGAGUCGGCCCAUCUUCACAUCAUAUGAGCGCGACAUGGCCAAGGCGGCAUGGGGUGCCUCCUCAGCACGCCUCUCGCGCGAGUCCUUCCUUCCGUUUUCGUCCUGCUGCCUCUGCCUGGAACCCUCGAUAGACCCAGUCUCGUGCUCCCACGGCGACAUAUUCUGCCGCGAAUGCGCCCUCAGCAACGUCCUCGCCCAAAAGAAGGAGAUCAGACGGACCGAGAAGUCGAGGGAGCACGAAGCGCGCGAAGAUCUCGAGGAGAAGAAGAGGCGAGACCUUGAGGCGCAGGAACGCUCCGUCCGCGAGUUCGAGCGGACCCAGGCCGGUCUCGAGAUAAAAAAUGCCAAACCCAAAAGAGAGCCCCCCACGGCGGACAGCGGAGGGGUGCAGCUUAGAGAGCAGGACGGCGCAACUAAGAGGGGAGAAAAGCGCAAAUUCUCAAUGGACGAGGACGAGCUGGCGCGUAUUGUCGUCGAAGAACGAGCGAAGGCAAGGAAAGCCAUCGACGACGAGAAGGCAGCCAAGCCAACACUGCCGUCCUUCUGGUCGCCGUCUGUUACGCCGUCCUCCAACACAAACAACGUCUUGCACGAGGUGAAGAAGAAAGUGAAGAGCCAACCGACAUGUCCGGCGUCGCAGGAGGACGACCCGCACUACUACUCUCUGCAUACCCUGGUGACCGUCCACUUCACAGAAGAGACUGACUCGGCGACCAAAGCCACCCAGAGGAUAUGUCCGUCGUGCAAGAAGGCGCUUUCCAACUCGUCCAAGGCCGUGCUCGCCAAGCCGUGCGGGCACGUCCUGUGCAAGAACUGCGUCGACAAGUUCAUGAAGCCGUCUGGACACCACGACCCUCACGCCGAUCCGGGCUCGGAUCCCAGUGUAAUUCGCUGCUAUGUAUGUGAUGCUGACCUUACAGAGAGAAAAGAGCCACCAGCCCGAAAAGAGAAGGACGGCAAGGGUGAAAAGGAGAGAAUAAGGCCGGGCUUGGUCGAGCUGCACCACGAAGGGACCGGGUUCUCGGCCAGCGGCGCGAACAAAGUCAAGAAGAACGGCGUUGCGUUUCAGUGCUAGUCUAGAGCCCCAGGCUCAACCUUUAACGAGCAGAGAAAAGAUUCUCCUGAGAGGGUGAAUCCAGUCCGUGCAGACACAUUGUCGAGGCCAAGCUGUUUGCGAUCAAU